AUGCCUUCUUUUACAGGUAAAGAAGACUGGGCAACUUGGAAAGCCCGCUUUGAAGCGGUUGCUCGUAGGUAUAGAAGGGGACGAGAAGAGAGACUUGAUCAGCUGCUACCAGGAAUAGAGGGCCAAGCGAGUGAGUGUGUUUUCACGCAUCUUCCCCCUUCAAAUUUACAGAACUAUGGUGAUCUGAUCACUGAGCUGAAUAACAGACAUAGAAAGAUUGAAACAACACGUUUCUUUGCGACCAAGUUCAGUGCUAGGACCCAACGACAAGGGGAGAUUGCUGAGGAAUAUGUAGCUGACUUGAAGAGGUUGUAUGACAAAGCGCACGGGUAUAGGGAUAGAAGGACACGUGAUGAAGACUUAGUCAGGAGGUUUUUAGAUGGUUUAAAGGAUGAAGAAAUACGGUUCGAAAUAGAAUACCAUAAAAAGCCGGCAAAUAUUGACGAGGCAGUGUUUCACGUAGUGAACCUAAUACAAACAAGAAGCUAUGGUAGAACUGAUAGAAGAAAUAAACAGGGAGUAAGGCGAUUCCGAGCAGAAGAUACUGAUGAUAGGUUGUAUCAUGACAGCCCCAGAUAUGAGCGAGCUAAGAGAGUACCGGAGUGGAAGAAUGCCGAGAAGAAAAAGAAAGAAGAAACAAAUGAUCAAAUGAAGGUACUUGAUCAGAUUUUAGAAAGGCUUUCUAAACUGGAGAAAGCACAUGAGCCUCAGCCUCACAAACAGACAGACCAGAAUAAAAGGGCGGACAUAAAAAACAUGGAGUGCUUUCACUGCCGCAAAAAUGGCCACUUUGCAAGAAACUACCCUUUGAAGAAAACUGAAGAUAGAAGAACAGAUGCCAGGGAUAACGGACUGGGAACAGUAGAAGAAAUAUUUGGUAGGGAAGGGGAGACCAUCGAUGGUGUAUAUAUUGAGGGCACUGUUGAAGGGAAGCCGGUAGUGUUCACGGCGGACACUAGUGCCUCGAGAAAUAUCCUAUCAUCUAGGGUGUAUCACAAGUUGGGUGACGCAGAGAGACCACCCUUAAAAAGUUCAGCACGCCUGAAGGGUGCCGAAGGGACCCCUAUCAAGAUACUUGGAAAGGCGGUAUUCGGGAUGAAGUUAGGUGAACUACAUCUGAACAGAGAGAUCAUUGUCGCAGAUAUCGAGGAUGAUGCUCUACUGGGUUACGAUAUAUUGAAUGCUGCUGAUCUACUGCUGUCCAAAAACAUGAUCAUGUUAGAGGGUAAGGAGAAACCUUGCCGCCGCAGAGUGAGUCACUUAAAGACAAGGAAAGUCAUAGUUGCCGGUGAUGUAGAGAUUACGGGAAGAACAGAAACAUUGGUAGAUGUAUUUAUAGAAAGAAGUGAAACUGAUGGUAGUAAUAUGCAGGCAGAUUACCUAGUGGAACCUACAGAGGGUUUCAAAGAGAAAUACCAGUUAGAGUUAGCAUCAACGUUGGUUGAUAUAACAGAUAUUAAACUCAGACAGGAUGCAGUGAUAGGCAAGGCCGAAAAGGUACAGAAGAUAGUGAGCAUUGUGUCAGAGAAAGAACAUGAAAGUGAGGUAGACAAUCUGAACAGGAUAAGGCGAGUUGAUGUUGUAGAGAAGAAGCAAGUGGAGUCAAUGCCCGAGUUGCCAAGGUCAAAAGAAGAGAAUUCAAUCUGCCCGUUUGAAGUUGCGUCCAGACAAAUGUCAUCUGUUGCAGACGGAGGUAGUGUUUCGAAAGAUGGUGUCCGACCAGACCCAACGAACACAUCCAAGAUACUCCAGUGGUCAAGGCCAGAGACUCCAAAACAAGUGAAGCAGUUCGUGGCGACAGGCUCAUACUACAGAAAAUUCGUCAGAGGGUUCGCUACAACCGCCAGGCCGUUAAUAGAAUUAACGAAAAAGGGCAAGGAAUUUAUUUGGAGCAUCUACUGCGAAAAGGUAUUCUGUGCACUGAAAGAAGCACUUACCAGUCCUGAUGUCAUGGGUUACCCUCUGAAUGAUGGCGGCAUGUUCAUUCUUGAUGCGGAUGCUUUGGGAAUAGGAAUCGGUUCCGUUUUGGCCCAAGAGCAAGGUGGACGUGAAAGAGUGAUCGCAUACGCAAGCAGAGGAUUAAACAAGGCAGAGCAAAACUACUGCAUAACUGCGCAAGAGCUGCUAGCAGUGGUCUUUUUCAUCCAGUAUUAUCGCCAAUAUCUUCUGAGACGGCGUUUCUUAGUCCGAACAGACCAUCAGGCAUUGGUCUGGUUGUUCAGCCUCAAAGAGCCCAGCGGUAAGAUAGCAAGAUGGAUCGAGAUCUAA